AUGCAUCUGCUCGGCGGUUGCCGGCGGCUCUGCGUCACAGCAUCGCGAGCGGGCGGUCCACCCAGUCGUUCAGGCGGCUCUGUGCCAUCGCGGGAUCGUCAGGGCGCGAUGAUCAUUGCAUCACUCACGGUCGAUCACAAACAAUGUUCAACGGGCGAUGAUAUCACAUCUACGAUCUGCGCGCAGAAAGACGAAGAAAAAGGAGGCUCUGGUCGCGCAUCGCAAUCACGGAAGCCAGCGGCAGCGCAGCGCAGUCGCAAAAUCGCGGCAGCCAGCCAGAGCAGCUCCACGUCGAAUUCUCUCCUCGGCUUCCUGUCUCGGCCAAUCUGCGCUCCGUUCCCCUUAUCGAUUGCACAGCCUCAGCGUAUCGGCGGCCUGUGUGCGAUGUCGAGGCCCGAAAUGCAGGCCAUGUGUGGCUUUCGGCGGCGGGCGCCAAACGCAUCCGCUGCCGGAGACAGCUGCCAGGGCCAGGCACGCGGGGCGUGUGAUAGGCCACCACCACCCUGGGCAGCCCGCCUGGUCUUUCUGACGCCGCUAGCCUCCACCUGGUGUUUCAUGAAACAGCAUAGGGAGCGAAGGAAGGCCGCUGUCCACCACUCAAGUCCGAGCAGUGUCGAAACAGGAGACGCCAUGCCAAUCUCACUUUAUUUCGUUGCGCUGCGGAGAUUGCGCGACGCUGGCGGACGUGGCGCUUUUUAUAGAGGCCCUCGUGCUUCUUCUUUUACGGACUGCACUGCUGACCGCCAGACCACUUUCUCACCUCACCUUCUUUUUCUCUCACUACCCUCCUUCGCGCCGCUUUUGAAACGCAGGACGAUACUUUCGUACUGGCACAUUCAUUCUUUAUUCUGCUUUUCUGCUGUCGAUACUUUGGACAAGGGCUCCGCUUUGUUGGACCAGCCAUUCCUUCACUCAACUGUCCUUCACCAAGACAUUGUGCAUACCGCGUUGCAUUAG